AUGGUUCUGGCCCCCAAAAUGUUGCUGCAGGCAACGGACCUCAAAACAACAACAACGCGGGGGGCACACAGAUCAAUCACGGCAGUCAACCCUUUUCAACGGCAGACUGAACCUGCAAAAUCACCACCGGAAACCCCGAGUCAGGCGUCCGACAAUGACCAGCCGCGUCGUCGCGAGGACUUCCAUGUCGCAAUCAUCUGCGCUUUGUCCAUUGAAUACGAUGCGGUAUCGCUAGUCUUUGACCACUUCUGGGACGAGGAUGACGAGCCGUAUGGACGUGCGCAGGGAGAUACGAACACUUACACGACGGGACGAAUCGGCAAGCAUAAUGUGGUGCUGGCGCUUCUACCCAACAUGGGCACAGCCUCUGCGGCUGGAGCGGCCGCGAGUUUUCGAUCCAGCUAUCCCGGCCUGAAACUUGCCCUCCUCGUCGGAAUCUGCGGUGGCGUACCAGGCACGGGUGCAGACGAGAUUCUACUUGGCGAUGUGGUCAUCAGCAAAACGGUGGUUCAGCACACGCUGGGCAGACAAUAUCCUAAUACCUUCGUGACCAAGGACACAGUUUGUGACAGACUCGGGCGACCAAAUAGAGACGUUCGCACGCUCAUCGCCAACUUUGAGACUGAACUGGGCAGAAGGCGAUUGAGGCAGAAGGCUUGUCAAUACCUGAGGGAUCUUCAGUCGCGAGCCACGCAGGAGAGGCAUCGAUGCAAUUAUCAAUACCCCGGUGCGACAGAAGACAAGCUCUUUGCGUCAACAUACCGCCAUAAGCAUCGAGGAUCGCAGAGCUGCAAGUGUACCGAGGCGAAGGAUGGUCUCUGCGAGGAGGCCGCUCGAGCAUUCUGCUCCAACCUCCUCUGCGACGAGGGGCAGCUGGUUGUCAGACAGCGUCUAGAGUGGAAGAAGACGCUGACGCCAGAAGACGCGCAGUGCCCCGAGAUCUUCAUUGGUUGCGUAGCCUCGGGGGAUACGGUGAUGAAGUCUGGCGAGCAUCGUGAUCAGAUUGCCAUACCACGAGACAUCAUCGCCUUCGAGAUGGAGGGAGCUGGUGCCUGGGAUGAGGUGCCGUGCGUUGUUGUGAAGGGAGUGUGCGACUAUGCUGAUAGCCACAAGAACAAACGGUGGCAGCCAUUUGCGGCAGCGACUGCGGCAUCUGUGAUGAAGGCAAUGCUGGGAAGAUAUACCCUGACGGACUCGAAGCCCUAG